AUGUUAGAAGUUCAAAAAGUUGUGAUCUUUGCAGAUUCACAUAGUUAUACUAAAUUGUUUCAAAAUGAAGAGUUUCAAAACUUUGUAGUUGUAAACAUUGAUACACUCACACCAUCAACAGAUUUGAAUGGUUUCUUUAGAAAUGGAAGGGAUGCUGCUUGUUUGUGUAUCUCAAAGACUCAAAACUAUUACAAAAUAUUAAAUGGACAUUAUCAACCACUUAUAUCUAAAAUCUUGGCUACCCUUUCUUCUCUUGUUGGUAGAAUCAAUCUAUCACUUUUUAUUGUGUUUGAUAAUAAUAGAGAGGUCAAUCAAAAGGAUGUUUUUAUACAAGAGAUUGAAGAAAAGCAACCAAUCUUUAAAAACCUUGGUAGAUGCUAUGGAAUAGACUCAAUGUGGUUUGGAAUGGAUGCGGAAAAUACCAAAGAUAAAAUUUACGAUGGCAAACAGACUAAUUCAUUCCAAUGGCUUGACCCAUCGUCUGGUCCAUUAGGUGGUGGCAGUGGUAGUGGUACAAGCAAAUUAAAGGUUAUUCUAUUGUGUGCUAUAUUAUUCCUGUUGCUGGGUAUUGUCACAAGACUUGCAGUCGGUCAAGAUGGGGCUCACAACUCAUCUCUUCUAUGGCAAGGAAAAUGGUCGCAAUGCCAGGUUGAUAAAAAAGAAAUGGGAGAUUCCAUAGAUGAAUGUAUAAUAUUAGCAAACACCACUCAACAUGCAUUGCAAUUGUGUAAUAGCGGCUUGGAUGAUAAAGAGGCUUUUUAUAAAAAAAAUCGCAAAGCUGACAAUGAGACAAUCUAUGAAUUGGAGAAUGCCAGCAAAAUUGACAAGGAGAAAAUCUCUGGAUUGGAGAAUGCCAGCAAAAUUGACAAGGAGAAAAUCUCUGGAUUGGAGGACACCAUUAAAAUUAACAACAAGACAAUUUCUGGAUUGGAGAAUGCCAGCAAAAUUGACAAGGAGAAAAUCUCUGGAUUGGAGAACACCAUCAUCAUUCAACAAAACGACGUCGAAAGAUGGAAAGCAACGGCAAACUCUGCAGACCUGAAAAACGCAUUCCUCGAGAAAGAAAAAAUCGAACUCAUAAAACAACUUGCUGCACUCCAGGAAUCGGAGCUUCUCAAAGAAUUGAAAGACUGUAAAUCUGGUCUUGAAACAUGUAAUCAGUUACUAGCAUCAGACCCAUCAAAAACAAACCCAUCAUCUUGGGAUUUUUGGUCAAAUUUUUGGAAUCCAACAAACAAUAAAUAA